AUAUAUUCCAUUAAUAUCACUCGGUGUUAUUUGUCCUUCACUGUCAAAAUUUAAGGUUCCCAUUAAAUGAUCAUUUAUUACGCACUUACAAAAAUGUCUUGUCAAACAUUGUCAUCAGAAAUGGAAUCCUUUUCUUUAUGCUUGGUCGACGAGUGUGGAAAAGGCGCUCAAACACAUCCAAAGCCCGGAAAAUAUUUUGAAUAGGACUCUGUUAGAUUUUCAAGCGUUAUUCUUCAAAAGUGAUCGAUCGAAUUAGACGGCGUAGUUUUAAGGUAUAUUUGAAAUUAGUGAGUUGCUCAGCGUUGUUAUAACGAGAGUGCAUGAGACGAAGAGUUAGGAUUACUAACUUCCUACCCGCGUCAACAAGCGACUAAGACGAGACGUAGGCAGAAAAAAUAUUUUUGAAAUGUUGGGUCAUGAAUUAUUAAUUGUUUGCGAAUGAUAAUGGGCUUGUGACUCAGCAGAAGGUAGAAAUAAUAUUUUAUAUCGCUAUAUUUCCACUCUCCGCAAUCAGACCGCGCGAUUCACCUUCGCAGUAACUUCACAGGAAAUUUUUCAUCGUGCAGCGAAAAUUUCAAAAUGAAUGACACGCUGGCAGUGAACAGUGGCAAAGAGAAUUCCCGCGGUACAUUAAGGACUGAUCUUCCUUCCAAGACAGAAGGCAUUGUAUGGUGCUGUCUUUUUGCAGUUCUAUCUGUCUUCAUCGUCGUAGAAAGCUUGCUCACCGUUUUCCUCUUUACAUUCAACAAGAAGCUCCGCAAGAAAAGCCUGUUUCUUGUCCUCAAUAUGGCGAUUGCUGAUCUGAUCUUUGGAGCUCUAGCUCUUCCUCUAUAUAUUUACCUCGGCUUUGGAAGGCCAGAGUAUUACCGAAUCUGGACUCAAAAUGUAAACACGUCUUUGAACUUGUUUUUAGACGUUACCUCGAAAGUCACAUUGGUGGCUUCGUUAAUUUCCGUGGCCUUCAUUUCUUGUGAGAGGUUCUACGCCAUAUCGCAGCCUUUUAAUCACCGAACACUAACAGUGCGAAAUUACUGCACUGUAAUCUUGACAGUUUGGAUUUUGGCCUUGCCUUUCUCUAGCUUGGUGUUCUUGAUUCCCGGGCAAGAAUGCACAUACGUAGGAAUGCCAUUCGCGGUUAUCCUGCUGUUCACCAUUUGCGGUUGUAACAUCGCAGUUUGGAGGAAGCUUAAACAAAGAAGCGUCGACUCGCAUCCGCAGAGUAGAAUCUCGCGGAAUGAACGCGUGACGAGAACUUUGCUAUUUGUUUCUACCCUUGCCUUGUUUUGCUGGCUUCCUUUUGUUAUUUCAAACGGUUUAAGAGGGCUAGACGUUGAGAUACCAUGGAGACAUGCAAUGAUUGUCAAUUUUCUCAACUUUUCCAAUUCGUUCGUAAAUCCCAUCGUUUAUGCACUGAGAAUUCCGGAGUUUCGACGCGCGUUAGCAGUGUGUUGUUCCACAAGGGAUAGGAAGUUGAACAAGGAAAAUAUUGAAACUAGAAAUAACAAAACAGACCCUUUAAUACCGCCGACACAGCCGAAAUCAUCAAAACCUGAUUCCAGUCACCCACAGCCUAAGUUUGAUGAUGUAAAUACAGACAGCAAAAUGAUGUUAACCGAGGAACAAGAACUUUUUUCGCUUCUUAAGUAAUACUUGCUUCAAAGAAAUUUGUGCUAGUUCAGAUUACUUUUAACUUCAGCUAAUUCUGUAAAUAAAUGGAAGACACUGUGCAUUUCAAUAUACCACGUACCAGAGAAAUGGUUGAUAAAAUUGUCUGUGAAUUCUAGUGUUAUACUACUCAGUAAAGUAUCAAGGUGGAAAUAAUCCGCUUCGUAGGAGUCCUUCAUUCUCGGCGAAGUCCGUCGUGCUAGUUAGAAAAAAAAAAGUCUAAGAAAAAUAUUGCUGUUAGCGCGCCGCAGGGAACCGCUUGGAGUGACGCCGAUGUGGCGCGGGAGCUCCAUGAAUGAGGCGCUACUUCUCGAGCGCGACGGACUUAGUCUAGGCGUCAGUAAUUUUGCUACAGUUGGCGCGCCAUACUAUCGAACAGGAGAAUGUUUUGUUUUUCUUGCAAAAAUUAUCGCACGAAAGAAGGGUCGAGAAAAGGAACAAUUAUCACACAGACCGCUCUUAGGUGGGACAAUUCUCUGCCAUUUCACUGUUGGACGCAGUACACCAUUUCCGAAUUACACUUGGCCUCUCUUUCAAAACGAGGCUUGAUGCUCGACCAUUCGU